AUGUCGCUUUCGAAAUUGCCGCCACGACCUGUUCGAAAUCUUGUCGGAAAAGUCGCCAUAGUCACCGGGGCCGGAGCAGCCGGCAGUGACCUAGGCAACGGCAGAGCCAUUGCCUUGCUCCUUGCCGAGGACGGCGCUUCUGUAAUAUGUGUUGACCGUGACGAAACCCUGGCCCAGAGAACCGUAGAGAUGAUACAGGAGCAAGGCAGUGGCUCCGGGGUUGCUUUCCGGGCCGAUGUUACCUCGGAUGACGAUUGCUCGCAGUGCGUCUCGCGAGCCAUGGCAGAGUACGGCCGGCUUGACAUUUUGGUGAACAAUGUCGGGAUUCUGGGACCCUCUGGAACCGCGGAAAACGUUGAUAUAGCAGCAUGGGCAAAAGGUCUAGAAAUCAAUGUGACGAGCAUGAUGAUUAUGGCCAAGCAUGCUAUUCCUGCCAUGCUGAAGAAUGAAGCUGGCGAAGGUGGCAUCAGAGGCAGCAUCGUCAACAUGGGCUCGGUUGCUGGUCUGCAAGGAGGGACACAGAGCUUGCUCUAUCCCACCAGCAAGGGUGCCGUGGUAAAUAUGACGCGGGCAAUGGCAGCAAAUCAUGGCCAAGACGGCAUCAGAGUCAACUGCGUAUGCCCAGGAAUGGUCUAUACCCCGAUGGUAUACAAUGCCGGCAGUGGCAUGUCCCAAGAAAUGCGAGAAGCCCGACGCGAUCGCAGCAUUCUGAGAACCGAGGGCAACGCGUGGGAUGUUGCCAGCGCCGUUCGAUUUCUGGCGGGAAAUGAAGCGCGGUGGAUUACUGGAACAAUUCUCACGGUCGAUGCUGGGGCAACCUGCGCAGGUUUUAUCCCCUUGAACCACUAA